AGGUUCUGCUAUAGGAGUCGUCAGCCGAGUGCUGCUGGAUUAAAUCUGAAGAGAGAUGCACCUCUGGGUUUAUCAACUUGGGUGCUGUGCUUUUCUACUGGUCCUGCCUCGGUGUCUGUCUGAGGAAUUCGAAUGGACGCAAACCUAUCAAGGCUCCUUCUAUUAUGCCACUUUCCCAGCUGGCUUUUUAUGGGGAGGUGGAAGCUCUGCUUACCAGACAGAAGGAGCGUGGGAUAAAGAUGGGAAAGGACUGAGCAUCUGGGACGUGUUCACACAUAAGAAGGGAAGAGUGUAUUUGAAUGAAACGGGCGAUUCAUCUUGCGAAAGCUAUUAUAAAUUCAAGGACGACAUUGAGUUGCUGAAGGAACUGAAAGUCAACCAAUAUCGUUUUUCUAUUUCUUGGCCUCGGAUCAUUCCAACUGGAGUAAAAGAUGAUCGGGUAAAUGACAAGGGGAUCCAGUAUUACAAUGACUUAAUAAACACCCUGAUGGAGAACAAGAUCCAGCCCAUAGCGACUCUUUACCACUGGGAUCUUCCGCAGGUACUGCAGGACAGAUAUGGGGGCUGGCAGAACAGCAGUAUGAUUAACUUUUUCAAUGACUACGCCAACCUAUGCUUUGAAAAAUUCGGUGACCGUGUGAAACGCUGGAUUACUUUCAACAACCCUUGGUCCACAGCUGUGGAAGGAUAUGAACUGGGACAGCACGCACCAGGCUUAAGGCUUCGAGGAACAGGAGCUUACAGAGCAGCACAUAACAUUAUUAAGGCUCACGCUAAGGCUUGGCACACGUAUGACAAUCGCUGGCGGAGCCGGCAAAAAGGGAUGGUGGGCAUAUCCAUCACAAGCGAAUGGGGAGAGCCGGUUGAUAUCGCAAGUCAAAAGGACAUCGAGGCUGCUGAAAGGUACCUGCAGUUUUACCUGGGAUGGUUUGCCAACCCGAUUUUCAAUGGUGACUACCCUCAAAUUAUGAAAGACUGUAUUGCCAUGAAGAGUACCCAGCAAGGCCUGAGUGUCUCGAGGCUGCCCUCCUUCACAGCACAGGAGAAAAACUACAUCAAAGGCACGUCCGAUUUCUUUGGCCUGGGCCAUUUCACCACUCGCUACAUCACCCACAAGGUUCAUCAUUACAACAAGGGACCAAGCUACCACACAGACCGCGACCUGGCUGAACUGGUCGAUCCUCAGUGGCCAGACCCAGGCUCCGAGUGGCUGUACUCUGUCCCUUGGGGCUUCAGGAGGAUUCUGAAUUAUAUCAAGAGCCGAUAUGGAAAUCCCAUGAUCUAUGUGACGGAGAAUGGAGUGUCUGAGAAGCAGCACUGCAAUGAGCUCUGCGACGAAUGGCGUAUACAGUACAUGAAGCUCUACGUGAACGAAAUGCUUAAAGCUAUUAAGGACGGUGCUAAUGUGAAGGGAUACACUUGGUGGUCACUGCUGGAUAAGUUUGAGUGGGACGAAGGCUACUCAGAAAGAUUCGGAUUGUACUACGUCGAUUUUCAGAGUAAGAACAAGAAGAGGUAUCCGAAGGCCUCGGUUCAGUACUACAAGAGGCUGCUCAGCUCGAACGGAUUCCCCAACCGUAAGGAAAUUGAGAGUUGGAAACGCAAAGCUACGGAGGCCUGUUUCACCACGAACAUGCUGCUUGCGGCAGACCCUCUCGUCAAUCAAAUGGAAAUGGUGACCGAGAUAGUUGUGCCGACCGUAAGCACCCUUUGCAUUCUCCUGAGUGCCGUUUUCCUGAUGUUUUUACUUCGGAAGCACUGAACAGCUACGGCUAGCAUCGUGACCAUCGCAACACGACUGAUUCAGGAAGUACUGAAUCUGUUCCUCUCUAUUCCUGACCCCGAAGAU